AUUUAUACCUCUCAUGAAACUUGAAAGUUAACUUUAUUUUCGUAUAUAUAAAAGCUCUUACCAUUAUGAACUCCAAUUUAUAGCUUUAAAUGUCUUAAUGCUGUAGAAAUUACAAUGAUACGUCGCCCACUAUAACUUUAUAAACAUUCGAGUUGAUGGUUGAAUUUAUAAAAACUGACGAUGCACAUCGUGUGCACUAUCUGCAGCGACCUGGUAAACCCGGCCGAGAGCCUAUACGUCACCAAGUGCGGUCAUCUCUUCCACCACCAGUGUCUCGCGCAAUGGAUCGAAAGAUCAAAAUCCUGUCCACAAUGUCGCAACAAGGUAACAGACCGGUGCAUGUUCCGCAUGUACCCAACGGUAUCCAACGAGAACUCCGGGGAAGAUGCGGCAACCCUGCAGUCGAGGCUAGAUGAUGCCAUGCUGCAGCUGCGCACGCAGAAGACGGAGCAGAGGGAACUGAUAGACAAGCUUGCUGCUGCCACGCAAGAUGCUAACAAAAAAGAGGAGCUCCUAAAAGCGGCAGAGAAGCGACUAGUGAGCAGAGAGUCCGCCGUGUCAGCGCUGCGGGAACAGCUAGAGUACGUCAAGAUACAAAACAAGGAGACACAGCGGCUGAAGGAAGAGAAUGAGGGGCUCAAGAAGAAUAUGCAGACUCUCAAAGGGCUCCAGAAGGUGCUGAACGCGACGGCGGGCGAGGUGGAGGCCACGCUGCGCGGCUACUCCGACCUGCGCACGCUCGCCACCUUCGCGGCCGCGCUCAAACGUGCACUGUGUGACUCGGAGUCCAAGAAACGCUCGUGCCGGGAACUGCAGCACAGCGCUGAACAACGGCUGGCCGCCAUGCGCGUCAGAUAUGAAGACCUGCAGGCGAAGUUUGGGCAAGUGCAAGAGAACCUAACCAACAUGGAGCGCAAAUACGAAGCGUUACAACACAAGCGGAAAGCGAGCGGCGAAGCGGAGCCGCGCGACGCCAAGCAGGCGCGCCCAGACUCCGCCUCCGCGCCCGCCCCCGUCCCCGCCUCGUCGCCCGCCCCCGCCCCCGCCUCCUCGCCCGCCCCCGCCCCCGCCUCCUCGCCCGCCUCCGCCUCCGCCUCCGCCUGCUCCACGCCCAGGCUAAGCAGCAGCUUCAACGAUGCCGCCGUUGACAUCGCUACUAACAAGGAAGAUAGCUUUAAUACGGCUGUGCGACGUAUCGUACAGUCGGCCUCUCCCUACCUGAACCUGAAGCAGAGCGGCCCCGCGCUGGCCACUAUACAUCAGUGGAGGCCUGUGCCGGCCAAUCUAAAGCCGUCCGAGUUCGCGAUCCUCCGGAGCGCGCCAACUAGCAUCUUCCACAAGCCCGCCCCCCUGGAGCCCCCCCGCGACGAGUUCAACACGGCCUUCACCUCCCCCUCCCGCUCCCCCGCCCCCGCUCCCGCCCCCUCCCCUCCCCCGUACGACGGGCUGGGCGGGCACGGCCGCCCCGACACCUUCCCCGCGCCCCUCCCCCUCCCCCACCCCCACCCCCACCCCCGCCACAGGGUGCCCAAGCUCACCAGCAAGCACAAGCUCAAGAGGUUCAACUCGGCCGGCAGUCGGGACAUAUCGCAGAUGUUCGCCGGCCUACGGGACAAGGACUGAGGCGUAACUACCCAAAACUGGUACAUCUACAAGUAGCAGUAGCUGUUCAAAAUUAUUUAAAUACAAACUAGUGUCUGUAGAUCAUUUUAGACACCUGCCUCGCUUAGCCAUUUCUGUCGCUGACUGUACUAAAAGCAACACAGUGAUCUGAAAAUGGAUAUCUUAUGACUUGGCAAUAAAGUUUGCGAAUAAUCAGUUAAAGGUAUUGAUUAUGAUACAUUAGUAAAGCCUGGCCAGUAAUAUAUGAUCACGCGCCAUAUUGCGGAAUUUCAUUAUUACUAAAUUGUUCAUACUAAUCUGAACUGUCACCCUCUACAUGAGAAUAACAGCACCCUCUUCACAAUGAUCACAUAUUUCUGGUCGGGCUUUACAUAAUUAAAACUCACAUCACAAACAUUAACCCCCUUAUUCAUAAACGGUGUACUAAAGUUACGAUGCCGCUAAUAAUCGUUUGUCCCUUUCCGACGUAUUGGUAUGAUGGAAAGGGACAAACGAUUAUUAGCGGCAUCGUAACUUUAGUACACGUUUAUGAAUAAGAGGGUAAAUUUUCAAAUCAUUACUUACUGGACACUUUAUAACGUCCUUUCGGCCACAUUGUAACUUGCACUUCUUUUUUAUUUUCCCUUUGUGUAUAUAAAGAAUAUUCAAGCAAAUAAUAAUGUUGUUUUUGCGACUUGUUAACAAUAUUUUGUUGUAUUAUACCUAGUUAAGGCUACCUCAAUUUUGAUGUUAAUCUUGCAUAUUAUCCAAGAUAAAAUAACACUGAUUUUGUAGAAUAUGUACAGACGACCACCAGCAGUGCUGUGUUGUUACUGUUUAUAAACAUUAUAUUAAGAACAAUUGUUAAUAAGAAUCAAAUUUGAUUGAUUUGUUGUAUGUGGGCGGAUCAACUAUUUCUUGUAUCGAAUAAACUUUUUUUGCAAAAAAAUAAUGUUUUGUUUUUCCUCACAAUAUUAUUUAAUAUU